UCGUUGAAUCUUCCGGGAACGUACGCGGUUACGGUUAAAGGUGUGAACCCCCUCCCGCAGGGUCUGGUACCGGAACCGGUGCCGGAAAAUGGCUGUUGGCACUGGGGUGAUGAUCUCCUUUUAAAUCAGAGAACAGGGGAGCUGGAUCAGGACCCUGGAUUCCAAAAGGCGAGGGAGGCGUUAUGGGAACUGAUAGGGGGGGUGAUUGUGGGGAGACUGGGGUGGGGGUGGGGGGAUGUGAUUCUUUUUGGGUAUGGUCAGGGGGGUUCGGUGGCGUUGGGGCUGGGGAGCGAGCUGCGGAGGGGGCAGGAAAAGAGGGUGGUGGAUGUGAGUGAGGGGGAUGGGGAGGGGGAAAAGAGGGAAUUAAAGGGGAUUGUGAGUGUGGGAGGGGCGCUGCCCGUGAGCAUAAUUCCUACUGUUGGUGGAAGGGGGAAGGUAACCACCCCGACGUUGGUGCUCUGUGGGGAGGGGGGGGAGGUUAUUGAUGAUGAUGCCGAGGAAAAGCUGAAGGAAGAGUUUGAGGAUCUGAGGGUUGUGAGGUGGAAGGGGAGGAGGGAUGAUGGGAUGCCGAGGAGUCGGGAGGAGGUUUUGCCGCUGAUGGAGUUUUUUGCGGAGAGGUUGAAGCAUUUUUAG